GUGACUGCUAUAAAGCAGAAUCGGCGAUAUUGCUCAUAUAUAUCUGAGUAUUAUUUUAAUCAUCCCCUCUCACACAUCGUUCAGCCGAGACGCCCGUUCGGACAUUUCCGUUAGCGCUCGGCUUUCUCCGGGUCGGGUCUCCACCAAGUCGUCCAGUGAUACUCUUUAUCACUUGUGCUGCACUUCGACCUGACUACAUCUGCAGCGUCCGAACCUCAACACUCAUUCAUUCAUCCAUUCACCAACCAGCGAAGAAGUCAGCGUGGAGACCAAAGAUUGCCAUGCAGCUGCUGAUUCGUCGCUACCAACCUGCCGACAAGGACGUGGUGCGGUCUCUAUUCAGCGUUGGAAUCUUGGAGCACAUCGGACCAUGUUUUCGCAACGCCAUGAGCAACCCUGUCCACCUGUCCAUCACCCUCUCCCUCUGUGUCUUCAGCUACCUGCUUGGUUCUGUGCUGACUGCUGUGUUGGCAGUACUCUGGGUUCUUGCCAUCUACGGCUGCUGUCACGAGAUUUACGCUGGCUUUGUCAGGGUGAAGCUGCACACCGACAUGCAGGACAUCUGCGGGAACUAUCUAAAUCGACCAGAUAGCUGUUUUUGGGUGGCUGAGGCGGAGCUUUACGGCAAGGUCCAAAUAUUAGGUAUGGUUGCAGUCGUGGCCAAACAAAACGGGAAAGAGAAGUACGGAGAGCUAUUCCGAAUGAUCAUUUCACCUCAGUGCAGGCGCACUGGACUCGGCCUCAAGAUGACGCAGAUGGUACUGGACUUCUCUGAGCAACAAGGCUUUUCAAAAGUGGUUCUGGAGACCAGCUCCACGCAGGUGGCGGCUAUUGCCCUUUAUGAGAAACUAGGCUUUGAAGUGGUCCUCACACACACAAACACUGAAGGCCCCGUCUGGAUGGCCUGGCUGUCUGGAGUGAAGGUUAUAAGAAUGGAGAAGAAGUUGGGGAAGUAAGAGCGGUGGCAUAACAUUCUGUUUUGGUCUGGGAUGGUGUGCAAGUGUAAAUCCAGGUGGUUAUUAUGUCCAAAAGGUGUUCCAUCACUACGACCGAUACGUAGCGCACACACCUUGGAUGCAUCACAGGAUCAUGGUGAUGAUGCUAUGAACAGUUAUUUAAGCCAGCAAUGUGACAACAAUAGCGGUGAAUAUAAACCAUUACAUUGUCAGUAAAUCACAGGCCUUUAUCAAGACUAAAGCAUAACAUAUAUGUAGACUCAUUUGCAUUCAUUGUCAUCAAAAAUAUUCAUGUGGAUUUUGGCAACAGAAAAGGAAGAUUUUCUUCACAAAGUAUUUCUCCGCGUUGCAUGUCACAACUAGUAUGCUAACCAUAGAGAGACAGUACGACACUGAGUGAGUGAGUUUUGGCAGAUAAAAUUAUGGGUCUUUUGAAGGUAGUCCAUUCACUUGGACAAACAAUUGUAAUUCUGUUGCCAAAUUGUGUGAAUUCCAUUCUGCCAUUCUUUCGUCAUCACUGUUUUUACAUUGUAUUUAAAUGUAAAGGGUCUAUGGUGAUUUCUUUUUUAUUAGGGUUCAUAUGUAUCAUAUACUAGAACCAAUAAUCAUUAUAUUAAGUAUACAGUACGGUUGAUUUUAAGACAUUUUAGGAAACAUGCGUUACCACCUUAUUAACACUAGAUAGCGCCAAAUCUCACCGAAGCGUCUCACACGUGAAUUCCACUUCAUUUCGUCUGUUAUUGUAGACUACCUAAAACCUAAGGAACCUUUAUAUGGAGCUGAAAAGUGAUCACAAAGUCAUUUUGAUUUGAGAAUGAUUUUUUUUUUUUAAAACAAUGAUAUCAUAAGACAACUUCUGACUGAAGUUGUCAGUCUGUGA